CGCAAGCGCAGGACGCAGGCGCGCAGUCAGAAAACACGAGACUCAAGCUGAGGGACGCAGUUCGGAUCUGAGGUGUGGAUCUGAGGAAGGAUGGAGGCACUGAAGGUGGAAAAGUUCACGACUGCCAACCGGGGAAACGGGCUGCGUGCUGUGGCUCCACUGCGCCCCGGGGAGCUGCUCUUCCGCUCCGACCCCUUGGCUUACACUGUGUGCAAGGGGAGUCGUGGCGUAGUCUGUGAUCGCUGCCUACUGGGGAAGGAGAAGCUGAUGCGUUGUUCUCAAUGCCGAAUUGCCAAAUACUGCAGUGCCAAGUGUCAGAAAAAAGCCUGGCCGGACCACAGACGGGAAUGCAGUUGUCUUAAAAGCUGCAAGCCCAGAUAUCCGCCCGACUCCGUGAGACUUCUGGGCAGGGUUAUCGUCAAGCUGAUGGAUGAAAAGCCCUCAGAGUCAGAGAAACUUUAUUCAUUUUAUGAUCUGGAGUCCAAUAUUAGCAAACUCACUGAAGAUAAGAAAGAGGGCCUGAGGCAACUUGCAAUGACUUUUCAACAUUUCAUGAGAGAGGAGAUCCAGGAUGCGUCUCAGCUGCCGCCUUCUUUUGACCUUUUUGAAGCCUUUGCAAAAGUGAUCUGCAAUUCGUUCACUAUCUGCAACGCGGAGAUGCAGGAGGUCGGCGUUGGCCUGUACCCCAGUAUGUCUUUGCUGAAUCACAGCUGUGACCCCAACUGCUCCAUCGUAUUCAACGGGCCCCACCUCUUACUGCGUGCAGUGCGGGAAAUUGAAGCAGGAGAGGAGCUCACCAUCUGCUACCUGGACAUGCUGAUGACCAGCGAGGAACGCCGGAAGCAGCUGAGGGACCAGUACUGCUUUGAGUGUGACUGCAUCCGAUGCCAAACCCAGGACAAGGAUGCUGACAUGCUAACGGGUGACGAGCAAAUAUGGAAGGAGGUUCAAGAGUCGCUGAAGAAAAUCGAAGAGCUGAAGGCGCACUGGAAGUGGGAGCAGGUUCUGGCGCUGUGCCAGGCGAUCAUAAACAGCAAUUCCAACCGGCUUCCCGACAUCAACAUCUACCAGCUGAAGGUGCUCGACUGUGCCAUGGAUGCCUGCAUCAACCUGGGGAUGCUGGAGGAGGCGUUGUUCUACGCCAUGCGCACCAUGGAGCCGUACCGGAUUUUUUUCCCUGGAAGCCAUCCCGUCAGAGGUGUGCAAGUGAUGAAAGUUGGCAAGCUGCAGCUCCAUCAAGGCAUGUUUCCUCAAGCCAUGAAGAACCUGAGGCUGGCCUUUGACAUUAUGAAAGUGACCCACGGCCGAGAGCACAGCCUGAUUGAAGAUUUGAUUCUUCUCCUGGAAGAAUGUGAUGCCAACAUACGAGCCUCCUAAGGACCCCCAGAAGGACGGGGAAGGUGGCGCGCCCUCCAUCGAACGCCUUACUGAGGUCACACGCUCUGUGGUGUUUGCUGUGUGGACCUUCUGUAGAAAUUGCCAAUGUGUUUAUGUGGGUAAAUGUGAUUCUGUGGCAUGUCGUGAGAAGUCUUACUCGUGAUAGAGCAGAACCAUUACAAUAAAUUAAAAAGACGAGUCCAAAAUGCCACUGGCGACUUGGCUUUGCCUAUUCUCAGGUGGUUUUGAUGGUUAAGAUGUCAACAUUGGAAGCAGGAGCUUUCCAAAAGAAGAAUGGAAUCCCAGGCAGCCCCUGAAAGGCAGAGGCAGGUGGAUCUCCAUGAGUUCGAGGCCAGUUUUGUCUACACAGUGAAUUACAAGACAGCCAUAGCCUUGUAGAGAGACCCUGUUCCAGAAACUGAAAAAAAAUAGGGUAGAAUAUGUUCAAGUUUCCUCUGUGUGUGUGUGUAUAUAGAAGUAAACGGAUAAAAGUAAUAAUUUUCACAUAGACUUCUAAACACAAGUGUAUAUCAAGAAGAUUUUUUAUUGUACUUUUAUCUUUAUUGAGAUGUCUUAAUUGUACUUAUUAACAUGGUUCACUGUGAUAUUUCUAUAUCUGAAUACACACACAUGGCGCCCAGUUGUCACUGAGGAACUCUGGCCUCCAUUUAUUUUCCUGCCUCCAUGGAUCACCGUUUCUCUCUCUCUCUCUCUCUCUCUCUCUCUCUCUCUCUCUCUCUCUCUCACACACACACACACACACACACACACACACACCCUCCUGACUCUUACACAUGAGAGGGAAAACGCAGUACUUGUCUCUGUCGUCCCCCCUUAUUUCUCUUUGUAUAAUUUCCUCCAGUUCUGUCCAUUCGGCUGCAGCUGACAGAGCUUCACUCUUCUUUAUGGCUGAGUAAUAGCCUGUUAUUUGUAUGUACUUGGUAAAUGUUAGCAAGCACCUACAGUAACUGCAGCCUUGGCGAUUAUGAAUGGCUUUAUAGUAGACAUGUCAGGCAAGUAUGUUUGGGGUUUAAUUUCCCUUUGACAUACACCUAGAAGUGGCAUGGCUGGGUCCCAUGGUGGUACUCUUUUAACUUCUUAGAUGAACCUCCUCCAUACUCUCCUUGGCUUUAGGUUCCCAUCAACAGUGUAUGAGAGUUCCUGUUCUCCAUGUUCACGUCAGCAUUUGUUAUGGGUUUUUUUUUCCUUGCUUUGCUGUUGGCUUUAAUCGCAUUUUAACUGGCGUACAUGAUAUUUCAUCAUAGUUUCGAUUUCCCUGAUGACCAAUGGUAUUGAUUGUGCCUCAUGUUUUUGUGACUGUUCAGAACAGUUGUUCAUUUUGUAAUCAGAUUCUUGCCUUUUCAAUUCCUUACCUAUUAUAAAUACACUAUGUAUUGUGGAUAUGACUCCUUCACUGGGAGGAUGGUUGGCAGACAGUUCUCUAGUUCUGUAGAUUGUCUUUUCCUCUGCUGUUUUGUGUGCUGUACAGAACCUCAGUGUAAUUGUUUGUCUUCGGUUCUGAUCCCCUCCCUUCUAUAAUCACAUAAAGCCAUUGCUUAUUCUGGCUUCUAUGAUACUCCAUUGCCCUUACUGACGUGUUCCCAUGCAUGUUCCCAGCUUGAUCUUGCAUUUGGUCUUUGGUCCAUCGUGAGCUGAGAUCCGUCCGUCGUGAAAAGGUUCGGUUUCCUUCUCUUGCAUGUGGCUGUCUGCCUUCCCUGCACACUUUGUUGAAGAGGGAGUCACACAGCCUUUAUGGUUUGGGCACGUUUGUCAAGAAGGAGCGGGUUCUAGGUUUGUGGGCUUACUUUUGGGCUCUCCGUUCAGUCCCAUGGGUCCCUUGCUCUAUGGCCAUGCCGUUUCUGCUAGCACGGCUCUGUAAUAUGGCUUGCAGUCAGGUGCCAUGUUGCCUCUGGCCUCACUGGUUUCACUCAAGAUGAUUUUGUCUGUCCUGAGUCUGUUGUGAAGAAGCAGAAUUCUGAAACGUUGCCUUUACUCCUCUGCAGUGAAUAACUACGUGUUAUUUCCUCCUGAAUACCCCUCCAACACAGGAAUCAUCAUCUCAAAUCCUAGGUCUAGGCCAUUUCCAACAUUACUAGGAAAACACUGUAAGGCUCACACAAAAAGAACAAGAUACUGAAGUCAACUCUUUGUAUAAAUCUUUGCUGUACUUUAUAAUUCUUUGUGUGUGUUAAAACUUUCUUAACCCCCUUUCUUCUGUAAUUGCUCUAGUCUGUGCUUUGCUGUGCUGGUGGGCAGAGCACAAAGCUCUAUUGCCCUGUGGUAAACUGUGUUCUCAUCCUCAUUCACCUUAGCCUGGUUUCCUCUGCUUUUGUUGUCUUUUCCACUUCCCCAACCCCUUGGCCUGCUUCUCUAUCUUUCUGCUUUAGAAAAAUAACAAAAAUAUUUCCCUUGUCCAAAAAAAAAAAAAAAGUUGAACCUUGUAUGGCUCACUGGUCCUGGAAGCAGUGCGGUCCUUCCUGUUCCAGUGAGAUUCUAGUAGUAAAUCAGACCGGUGGGCUGCUUCAGAUGAAAUGGCCCUUAGAUAGUAGGCUACAAUCCACUCCUCUGUUACAGGGAUACAGGGUGUGAAGGCAGACUCCAAAAUAGUGGCCUCCAAGGGAGGGAGGCAGAAGACACUGUCAGAAUGACACAUGGUCGUCAGAGCCUGAAGGGGUAUACCUUAAGUUAGAGCAAAGAAAGCUGACAGCAAGAAGCUGGGGCCCACCGGCCGAACAUCUGGUGCCAUGGAAACGAUGACAUGUGUAGGGUGUCUGAUGCACACCCCUGAGCUCCAGGACCUUUUCCUAAGGAUGCUUCUGCUCAUGCCCAGCUGUCAUCCAGCCAGCACACCCCUAGGCAGUGCUGUCUCUGCUAGCCACAGUAGCUUAUAGUGGGCAUCUGAAGGCCGUUUCACAAUGAGGAAAGAAGUCUGACGUCAGGUGCACUAGAACCCCACCCCAGAUUUGCUAAGUAACUCUGAGAGGACCUUGACCUCAGCCUUUUGAAAGGCCAGUUCUAUCCAAUUCAACAGAUAUCUAUUAAAUGAUUCUGAUGUUUUCAGGAAACGUGCACACAAAGGCCAAAUAAAACUUGCAUGACCUACCAAGUGUAUACUGAGAGAACUUGCAUCCAUUAGCUUAUGCUGUAUGACAAACAGCCCCAGAACAUAACUUGGUUUAGCUCAUAGUGCUGUAGGUCAGCACUUUGAGCUGGACAUUUCUGGUUUGUUCCGGGACUUAUUGGUUGUGAAUCGUUGCUGUUAUUGGUAGGUCACUUGCAGAAUCAGAGUGACUAAAUGAUACAGCACCUUAAGUUGGCUAACCAGUUAUGUCCACAGGCCAGGAGAGUUCCAGGAUCAGUAAGUCAAUCAACUCCCAGCCAACCAGUGCUUUUCAAGCCUGCUUCUAUCACAUUGGCUUUAGUCCGAUAGGUCAAUGCCCACCCCAAGGCAUGGAUAUGUGUUCCCAUCUCUGUAGAAACAGCUACAGUCCCUCAGCAGGGGCAUAGCCACAGGAGUGGGGAAUGGUGCCAUCUGGGCCCUUCACCAUAGCAGCCCUGAAACUAUCUAUAUGCUAUGGAACACUUAACAAAUAUGAUGAAAUAUACACUCUGUACUUCCGGUAAUAGACUAGAAUAAUUUGCCAUUCUAAUCCAGAUUCUUAGAACACUCCAGGGCCCAUCGGUGAAUUCUCUGACAUUCUCAUCAAAUGAAAAACAAACUUCCUACAUUCUGGAAAGAUGGGGGUGGGGGAUGGAACCAAGAGAUGAGGACCAAGAGAAAGCUGUAUUGUUUGUCCCCCUUUAACUCACUGGGGAAAUGAAAGACCCCAAGAGAAAGUCAGGGAGUAACUUCCAUGGCCCAUGGGCAGAGUUCGUAGAUAGGAUGCCGUGCUUGCCAGCUUUCUGAAUGAAAUUUAUCAGUCACUGAUGAUCCUGGAUUAAGAGAUUUGUCUUCACGCCUCCUAGAGAAAAUCUGAUGGGCUUUGAAAUCCCUCUCUGCCAACUUACAGUGUGUGAGGAUGAAGGCACCCUGCGUGGACCCAGUUUUAAUACAAAGCAAACAUUUAAGCAAAGGUAAAUAUUUACCCAAUAAAAUUACAGCAAAAUAAUUUUGGCAAAGAGGGAAACGGUCAGAGAACACAAUUUAAAAUCCGUGUCGCCAGUGACUGAGGAUUGAUUGCGGCCCCAGCCUCUACGAAGCCUUCCCAUUAAUCCAUGGUCAUUGUAGCGGCAGGCUUUUCUCACGUCAGUAACUUGACGCCAUUAGCCGCUCCUCUGGGAUGAGAACACAUUUGAACUGAAAAUGAACACGCCGGGCAUAAUUUAUAGCCGUGCCACAUGAAUGCCAAGAGUGUGAGGAGGAAGCUGCUUGGGAAUCCACUCAUGGUGGCUACCCAGACCUGACUUCCUCUAAGCAAGAGCCAGACGGCUGCAAACCACAGGCCCCCAGUUAGACUUGGCUGCAGGGAGGGAGGGAAAUUGCAUACAGGAGCCAGAUGUCUUGAAAAUUCCCUCCUAGUCCAGCCAGUCAGGAGUGGAGGCAAGGCUCCCAUAGCAGAGCCCACCGGGGUUCAUCAGAGAGAGGGUUCUGGACCUUGUGAAAACCGUGAAAUCUUCAUGUCAAGCAGUCACGGAAGGAAGCCCCUUUCCUCUGAGGUCUGAUGGGAGAACACCCGAAUCCAAGCCAGAAGCCUCCCUAAGACUGGGAUCAGAGUGAGGAUGCUCUCGGCGUGUUCACCACUAAUCCAAAGCUCUGAAAGAGCAGCCGAAGCAUCUCUCCUGCCCCUACAUUUACUAUUCAAAUUUGCUUUCAAUUGGCAUAGAAAGUGUGCCCCUGCCUAUGGACCUAACCUGCUAUUCCAGAGGGACCAGCUUCCCAGUCCCAGGCCUCAGCCUUUGUCAGGGCCGUGUGUGUGUGUGUGUGUGUGUGUGUGUGUGAGUGCAUGCAUACAAGGAUGUUGCUGUAGGAUAUGAGAGGGGGAAAUGGAGGUUUGAGGGACUGCAGAGAGAACCUAAUAGCAUACAUGUGACAUGAAAGUGAAAAGGAGAGAGGGGGAUUGACCCACAUAUGUAUAAAGUACAUACAAAUAUACCACAGUGAAACCUGCUACACACACACACACACACACACACAUACACACACACAAAUUAAGGACAUACAAAAAUACCACAGUGAAGCCUGCUUUCUAUGCCAAGUGAAAACAAAUGUUAACAGUCAGUGUAGGGGUGGGAGAGAUGGUUCAGCAGUUAAGAGCACUGGCUGCUCUUUCAGAGGUCCCAACUUCAAUCCCCAGCACUUAGAACGGCAGCUCACAAUCGUCUGCAACUCCAGUUCCAGGAGAUACGAUGCCCUCUGAUGCCCUCUUCUGACCAUCAAGGGUUCCAGGCACUCACGUGGUGCACAGACAUAACAUGCAGGCAGAUGCUUACACAGAUAAAAUAAUUUUUAAAAUUAACUGUUUUCUUUUCAAGUGAAUGUAGAAUAAAAACUGUAAGGUGCA